AACACUUAAAUCAGAAGCGUAAGAAGGUUACUAGAUACUCGUGUUUACGUUCGUAAAAGAUAAGUCUGCAUCGAGAGUGAAUUAUUAUGCAUUUGCAUAAAAGAAGUGAUAAGUAGACAGUAAUAAUGCAGGUUAACCGUAAUUUUUAUCCCAUAGUUUAUCGUUUAUUGACAUGUAACAGUUUAGUUAAAAUUAGGCAGAAUUUGCUUCCGAGCAGAAACUUUGUUUUGUCAGCAACUUUAAAAGACUGUUUUACAGUUCAAGACGAAAAUGACUUUAAAGAAAAAGUACUUAAAAGUGAAAUACCCGUUAUAGUGGAUUUCCAAGCCACAUGGUGUGGCCCUUGCAAAACUUUGGGACCAAGACUAGAAGGCAUAAUUGCAACAAAAAAUGAUAAAGUGCAUUUGGCAAAAGUAGACAUUGAUGAUAAUAGUGAUCUGGCAAUAGAAUAUGGGGUUAGUGCUGUUCCUUCUGUAUUUGGAAUAAAGAAUGGCAAAGUUAUAGAUAAAUUUGUUGGUGUAUUGGAAGAUGACAAAAUUAAUAGUUUUGUUGACAAAUUAAUUGGUCCAGCUUAAACAACAGCAGAAGUAUAUGAAAUAAAAUUGCAGUUUAAAACUGGUGGUUAAUAAAUUAUUUCAAAUUUAUAAUAGAAUAAAAUGUAUUUUUAAUGAAAUUUUUAUUGUAGUAUUUUUCAAAAUAAAUUUCACAUGUUCUGUAAAUUGAACUUACAUCUUA